AUGGCUUCCCAGGAUAGGGUAAAGGCAGUAACCAAAGGAACGGAGUCGUGGCGCUGCCCCAAGCAGGCCACUUACACCCCUGGGACCUGCGAGCUCCUCAGAGCGAUGAUGAAGGAAUCCAAACUGACUAAAUUCCAACAGCGCCACAUUUUGGACACCAUGAAAAAAGGAGACGCUCUGCCCCUAUACUGCAGCCCAACAUCCAGCCAGAGGGUCGUGCCUUCCAAGCAGCCGGCCUCAGAUGUCUGCCUGCCUCCCAUCCUGACGGUCCGGUCCCACCUCCGGCCUGCCAGCAUGUGCCAGGCCAAUGGGGCCUACAGCAGGGAGCAGUUCAAGCCUCGAGCCACCCGAGAUCUAGAGAAGGAGAAGCGAAGACUCCAAAGCAUCUUUGCCACGGGGAAAGAUAAGGAGGGACUGGAAAGCAAGCCCCGUCCUGUGCGCCAUGAGGACCCGGCCCCGGCGCCCGACCGGUUUGAAGAACUGGUCAAGGAAGUCCAGGAGAGGAAGGAAUUCCUGGCUGACAUGGAGGCCCUGGGACAGGGCAGACAGUACCAAGGGAUCAUCCUUGCUGAAAUCUCCCAGAAAGUACGGGAAAUGGAAGACAUUGACCGCCAGAGGAGCGAGGAACUUAGGAAGGCUCUCGCCACCACUUGAUCUGUCUCCAGAGACGGAGGCAGAGUAGCCAAACCUUGACGGCUGGAGCCCACCCCGUUGCCAAGCAGGGCCACCCCCAGGUCAGCCACCCACUCUGGCCUUCGGCCAUGUCAAAUGGUCACACAGCACUGCCCUGGCCUAGGGUACCCAGGGCAUACACAGCACCCUGGGAAAUGGACCACAUCAGAGAAUGAGCUGUUCUCGAGACUGCCCAGGGGUCCUGGGUCAGCUGUGUCUCUGAGAUCCCAUUACACUCACACACUCUCUCUCUCUCACACACACACACACACACACACUCACACACACA